AUGAAAGUUCCAAUUACUCUCCCAAUUCGGUACAGAGCACCACCAUCGAUUGAAAACCUUAUCCAGAUCCAGAACGGCACUUUCUACCGACAGCAUCCUGGAGGCCUCCAGGAGUCGAAUACUCCCUUGUUUCCGAAUCUAUACUUUUCUCUACCAGCAUUUCCCCUUAGACGAGAUUCAGAAACCGGCAAGCAACAACAACAUUGGGCAGUAGUAGGUGCAAGCGGGGGAAGUACCUUUCUCGAAAUAUUACGUGGAACCCACAUCUGCCUACCGCCCAAUGCUCGAACUUUUCCAUAUCUUUCCUCGGAGGACAUCGAGGCCAAGGAUUACCGACUCCGGUCUCCCACCUGGGCAAUACAGUAUGUAGGAUUUACAUCUGGCAAAGGCCAGGGCCUAGUUGGAGGUAUCCGGGGGUCCUACCUCAGCGCACGUUAUGAGAGUCGUAGGGAGGAGACAGACUGGUCCGUCCUACAAUAUCUUAAGGGAGAAAUGGAGCUCAAUCCUUCUAAGGAACUGCAUUACGAGGAUGCAAGCUUCAAUGCCCUAUUGUCACAGGUUAUCAAGGAUCUAAGGCUGGAGCAGUUGACUUCCCUGCCUGUGAGCAAUCUCAGCAACGGGCAAACCAGGCGGGCCAGGAUCGCAAAGGCGUUGCUUGGUAGGCCUGAAGUAUUGUUGUUAGAUGAGCCCUUCAUGGGCCUGGAUCCGCCUACACUGGUGUCUCUUUCCCCCAUCCUCCGUGGGUUGGCAUACAAGUCUUCUCCGCGACUGAUCAUGUCACUUCGUCCGCAGGAUCCAAUUCCUGAUUGGAUCACUCAUCUUGCCGUAUUAGGCCACCAAGACACGCUCGCUCUGGCUGGACCUAAGAAGGAAGUACUCUUCGCUGUCCAUCGAUGGGCCAACGCUCACAAGGGCCCCCAAAACGGCACUGCUGCAAAAAUGGCAGCUCUUAUGACUAACAGACAUGGACCGCCACCCCUGGACUUCGGGUACACGCUGUCAGCCACUGGCGUGUCCCGGGACGUCACAAAUUCUCAGAUUGUGUCAAGUAAAACUCCGACCUACAUAUCAGCAACAGACGAAUUGGUACCAGAGCAUCUUAGUGUGGCUUAUCGACUCGUAUGGCAGAAAGCUGCAGGAAAGCCUCGAGAGAAGGCAGACCUGGAUGAUCUCCUAUCUCUAACAUGCCUGCUUCCAGCGGAAUUCAAUCGCCAAGACGACGUUCCAGCUCCUUCCAACGAGUCGUUCUCUAUAAGUGAAGAUCCGAGGCGCGGCCAACACAACUCCGGAUUUCCUGUUUCUAACUUUCCUAUGCGACCGCAUCCUGAACUUGGGAAGUCACUCAUAGAGCUUAAGAAUGUCAUCGUCUCUUAUGGCUCCAAGACUGUUCUUGGUUACGGUGUUCAAUCUGGCUUCCAGGUUCCGGGCCUCAAUCUCGACAUUCGUCAAGGCACUCGACUCGCGCUUCUCGGCCCCAAUGGUUCCGGGAAGACCACCUUGCUGUCUUUGCUCACAUCGGACCACCCUCAAAGCUACUCUUUACCAAUCAAAUACUUUGGCCGUUCCCGCUUACCGUCACCAGGCCAGCCAGGCGUCUCCCUUUGGGAGAUUCAGUCCCGGAUCGGACAUUCCUCGCCUGAGAUCCAUGCUUUCUUCCCGAAAGGCCUUACUAUCAGACGAUCAUUGGAGAGUGCCUGGGCUGAGACGUUCGCAGCUAAGCCAGAGCCUACGAAUAGCAGUAAAGCGCUUGUAGAUGCGUUCCUCAGAUGGUGGGAACCCGAGCUUAAUCCAUGCCAUCAACCUCUACCACCAUUGGAGGCCCCCGCUAUCCCGAUCGACGACUCGGUCUCGUCGUCCUACCCUUCAUUCAAGCACUCGUCACAGACAGCGAAUGAGCUAGAAUGGGCGUCCCUCCCCCUCAACACAUUCGGCAGCCUCUCUUUCCAAUCUCAGCGUCUGCUACUGCUCCUCAGGGCAAUAAUCAAAACACCCGACAUCGUGAUCCUCGACGAGGCGUUCUCGGGAUUCAGCCCCGAGGUCAGGGACAAAGCGAUGAGAUUUCUGGGAGCAGGGGAGAAUUCUGUGCCGCAUCAACAUCAGGCUGCAACGUACAGGACCUGCAUGGAUGAUGGGGACGGGGAAUCGUCUCGAUGGCCUUUGAGGGACGAUCGGACACGAGUCGAGACAAUUUGUCAUACGACGCGUGUCACGCCCAACGAGCCGAUUGUGGGGAAAGAGGGAAUGACGCAUGAAAAGAAAAAAAGAGUCGAUCGUUUGAGGAGAAAGACCAAAUCCGAACUCACAGCAGAAGGAGAUCUGGCAGAUGACAGUGUGGAAUACGCGUUCCACGGUCUCAGCAACGAACAGGCGCUUAUCGUCGUAAGUCACGUUCGUGAAGAGAUUCCAGAUCUGGUAAAUGAGUAUAUACGCCUGCCAGGAGAGGAGGAGGUGAGUGAGCAGAGAAGGGGUAUUGAGAUGGUAGUAGCUACUGGGGUGCUUGCCUGCAAGAGCGAGGUCAUCGCACUUCCGACCAUAGCCGGAUCAGACUCAAUUUUCCUUGGCGACUCCAAUGGAGAUGUCCGAAUCUUAUCCCGAGCUCUAAGAGUUGUUCGUUUAUUCCAUGCCGCCGACCCUUCCUCCCACGGCUCGAUCACGCAUCUCAAACAAAUAGAUGCCACAUCAUUGCUUGUCACCAUCUGCGAAGAUCUAUCAAGCGAUCCAGUGCUGAAAGUAUGGGCUCUGGACAAGGAAGAGAAGAAGACCAAAGGACCUAAAUGUCUUUGUACCAUUGGGGUUCAGAAUGGCAGGAGACAGUUUCCCGUAUCAGCGUUUGUUGCCUUGGAGGAUCUUACCCAGGUCGCAGUUGGCUUUGCGAACGGCGCCGUGACGGUGAUUAGGGGUGAUCUUAUACAUGACCGAGGCACAAAGCAGAGGAUAGUCUUUGAGUCGGAAGAGCCUAUCACAGGUCUGGCAAUCAGGGAGAGCCCCAUGACUAUUCUCUACAUUGCAACAACAGGCCGAAUAUCAAAUCUAGUCAUAUCAGGAAAAGGACAAGGGCAGCCACCACGGACCGUAGACAGUCAAGGAUGUGCAGUCCGUUGUAUGUCGGUGGACAAAGAGACUGGAGACAUCAUCAUCGCGCGGGAUGAUGCAGUUUACUAUUAUGGCCCUAACGGUCGUGGACCAAGCUUUGCAUUUGAUGGACCGAAGAAAAUGAUUACAACCUUCAAGGACUACGUCGGUCUUGUCUGCCCACCAAAAGUGGCCCAAGUAUCCAAGUCAAACACAUAUCGACGGCUAGGUGGGAGCGGGAUGGGUGAUUUAUUCAGCACAUCUUCCUUCAGCCUGCUUGAAACCGACUUGAGAUAUAUUGCACACACUGAAUCUCUCUCAACAGAACUCUAUCGAUAUGAAGAGAAAACCUUACAGCAGAAGCUUGAAAUUCUCUAUCAACGAAAUCUCUAUAUUCUUGCCAUAAACCUUGCACAAAAAGCUGGUGUCGACACAGCCACCCAAAAUGUUAUCUUUCGAAAGUAUGGAGACUACCUCUAUCAGAAAGGCGACUAUGAUACAGCUAUGCAACAGUAUCUUCGAGCCAUUGACAAUACUGAGCCGUCACAAAUUCUACGAAAAUUCCUCGACACACAGCGAAUUCAUAACCUGAUAGAAUACCUUGAAGAACUUCACGAACACGAUAAAGCAACGGCAGAUCAUACGACCCUCUUGUUGAAUUGUUAUGCUAAACUCAAGGACACCGAGAAGCUUGAUGCAUUUAUCCGAGCACCUGGCGAACUCAAAUUCGACCUUGAAACGGCUAUAUCGAUGUGUCGGCAAGGAGGUUACUUCGAGCAAGCCGCCUAUCUCGCUACAAAGCAUGGAGAGAACAGUCUGGUUGUUGACAUAUUGAUUGAGGACUCAAAAAAGUAUCCUGAGGCGUUGGCAUACAUCUGGCAAUUGGAACCUCUUGCUGCAUAUCCGAACUUGAUGAAAUAUUCUCGAGUACUCCUAGAACAUUGUCCUGAUGAAGCGACUCAAGUUUUCAUUGACUACUACACCGGAAAUUAUCGCCCUAAGGAAGAGGUAACGGCCACUCAAGAGCCUCAACCCCAGAAUCAAGCUUCAGCCUUCCAAAAUCUGUCUGCUUUGCUACCUCUUCCAUAUAUGAACCGAUCUGCCGUUGCCAGUCCUGCUCCCGAAGCACAACAGCAGACCACUACAGCAGAUACUAAACUGGCUUCCAAUGCAGACACACCAACCCCAGAGUAUCCUAUACCCAGGCCUCGAACAGCCUUCUCAUCUUUCAUACCACAUCCAUCACAUUUCAUCCGAUUCCUGGAAGCGCUGACCUCCCAACCUAACAUCUCCUCCACCGACAAGACUGAUCUCUAUACCACACUCUUCGAAAUGUACCUCGAGGCGGCCAACUCCGAAUCAACAACAUCUUCCGAACGAGAAGCAUGGCAGCACAAAGCAAAAGCAUUAAUCACCUCCCAACCACAGAUCUCCACUCAAUCCUCCGACCAACCAUUGUCCUUCAUCCCAACUUCCUCUGUUCUCCUCCUCUCCUCCCUUUCCAACUUCCCCACCGGCACCACCCUUGUCCGCGAACGCGCCAACCUCUACACCGACAUCCUCCGCUCCCACACCACCGCCAAGGACACCUCCGGCGCGAUCUCCGCCCUCCGAAGAUACGGCCCCGAAGAUCCGAGCCUCUACCCUAUCGCCCUCUCGUAUUUCUCCUCCUCAACCACCAUCCUCUCCCAACCAGGAGUAAAAGAAGAAUUGCAAUCCGUCCUCCGUAAAAUCGAUCAAGAUAGUCUCAUGGCACCACUGCAAGUGGUCAAAGUCCUAAGCCAAGGCGGUGCAGUGAGCAUGGGAAUGGUGAAAUCCUAUCUCUCAGACAACAUCAGCAGAGAGCGCAAGGAGAUCCGCAACAACCGCACCUUGAUUGAGAGUUAUCGAAAGGAAAGCGCGGCCAAGAUAUCCGAGCUCGAGGAUCUAGGGUCGAAGCCUAUCGUUUUCCAGGCCAGGCGGUGUAGUGCCUGUGGUGGGCAACUCGAUCUGCCGACCGUGCAUUUUGCCUGCAAGCAUAGCUUCCAUCAGCGCUGUCUGAAUACCGGCUCUGUGUCACAAGCAGCGCAGGCGGAUGCGACGGCGGAGGGGAGGGCAGAAUGUCCGGUCUGUAAGCCCCAGAAUGAUACCAUCAAGGCGCAUCGCAGGGCUCAAGUGGAGAGCGCGGAUCAGCAUGAGCUGUUUAAGGCGGCGUUGGAGAGGAGUCAGGAGCGGUUUGAGACGGUGGCGGAGUUUUUUGGGAGAGGCGUCAUGAAUCUCAACUCCGUAGGUAACGGGCCGGGAGCGGGUGGAGGGUGA